AUGUCGGCCGCAAUCGAUAAUGAGGACCUGGAGGAGCUCUCCAUCUCCAUGCCCUCGCAGCGGCGGGGCGCCGCCCAAACCAGCACAACAAAGGCCCAGGACCCCGCCCCGCCGCCGCCUACUGCGCUCGGAACUGCGGUGCACGAAACCAAGAGCAAGGAUACAAAGGCGAGCCAGCGUCUCGGCCAGUACACCAUUGUCCGCACCCUGGGCGAGGGCUCCUUCGGCAAGGUCAAGCUGGCCACCCACCAGGUUAGCGGCCAAAAGGUCGCCCUCAAGAUCAUCAAUCGCAAGAGGCUCGUCACCAGAGAUAUGGCAGGCAGGAUCGAGCGUGAGAUUCAGUAUCUGCAGCUGCUGCGCCAUCCGCAUAUCAUCAAGCUCUAUACCGUCAUAACAACGCCGACCGAAAUCAUCAUGGUCCUCGAAUACGCAGGCGGGGAAUUGUUCGACUACAUCGUCAACCACGGUAAACUGCAAGAGGCACAGGCUCGAAAGUUCUUCCAGCAAAUUGUAUGCGCUGUCGAAUACUGCCAUCGACACAAGAUUGUCCACCGAGAUCUGAAGCCCGAGAACCUCCUCCUCGACCACGAUAGCAAUGUAAAAAUUGCCGACUUUGGUCUGAGCAACAUCAUGACGGACGGCAACUUUCUCAAGACAAGCUGUGGCAGCCCCAACUAUGCUGCGCCCGAGGUCAUUUCUGGCAAGUUGUACGCUGGUCCCGAAGUCGACGUCUGGAGCUGUGGUGUCAUACUAUACGUUUUGUUAGUCGGCCGGCUACCCUUCGACGACGAAUAUAUCCCGACCCUCUUUAAGAAAAUUGCCGCGGGCCAGUACAGCACACCCAGCUAUCUCUCACCAGGCGCCACCUCUUUGAUUAGAAAAAUGCUCAUGGUCAAUCCCGUACACCGCAUCACCAUCCCCGAGCUUCGACAAGACCCGUGGUUCACGACAGACCUCCCAGCAUACCUCGAACCGCCCGCGCAAGAGUUUUUUGACAGUGGCGCUGACCCCAACAAGGCCAUUGAUCCCAAGGCUCUUGCGCCGUUGGCCGACGCGCCUCGUGUGCAGGCGCUGCAUGAAAACGUGGUGACAAAGCUUGGAAAGACAAUGGGUUAUGCAAAGCAUGAUGUGCAAGAUGCCUUGGCACGCGAUGAGCCGAGUGCCAUUAAAGAUGCUUACCUCAUUGUCCGAGAGAAUGAGAUGAUGCGGGAGAACCCUUUGUUAACCAACCAAGAUGGUGUUCCGGUGUGGAAUCACCAGUCGCCGCCUGCGCACGACAGUUAUAUGGAAAAGUUUAGACCACAAUCAUUGAAUGCUGUAUCACGUCCGCAAUUCAUUCCCCCGGCGCCUUCAGACCAUGAAAGAGCACGCCAAGGAUCCAACGCCAGCAGUCAGCUUGCAAGCAUUCGCAGCCCGGUCAGCACCAUAGCAAUUCUCCCGAGUAGUCUUACAGAAUACCACAAGGCUUAUAUGAAGGGCCACCCAAGGCCCACUAACAAGAUUUCGGAAAGCGAGGCUCUCCCACCAACACCUGAACAGACGGAAGAACAACGGCAAAUAUCGGCUCGAAGACUAAAACCAAAUUUCCGUACAAUGCCCGAAGCAGGUAGAACAAAGCCGGAGCCGAUGACCAGCCUACCUACCAAGAAGCCACGUGCGACCAAGUGGCAAUUCGGUAUUCGAUCCAGAAACCAACCUGCAGAGGCUAUGCUUGCUAUAUUCAAGGCAUUAAAAGCCAUGGGCGCCGACUGGGAAGUACCAAAGAUACGCAGAGCCGGUGGUCGUAGUGGGUCUCGCAGCCGAAGCACCUCUCAGGCCCCAGAAGACCGCAAGUCUAAAUCCAGGAAUCAUUCACAAGACUCUAUCUCUUCACAUUCAUCAGACGAAGACCAGGGCUCGCGGAAGGGCUCGCCACGUCGUGAGCCGCUCAGUGUACGCAACAAUGGCACGAGCGAACAAGAAGCAAGAGGUCGACAAAAGAAGCACUACAACCAUACAAAUGACUGGGGCUACCACGUUCCCGAAGAUCCCUGGGUUAUCCAUGCACGCUUCCUAAAGGAGGGCAUGUUCCCGCCUGGUGUUGCGCAUCCCUCGUCGACGCACUCUUCACGCGUCGACCUCGCCAACGAUUCUUCUGGUGCACGAAGACGGAGUUCGACUAACACCAGCACAUCGAGCGCUGGCCAUGGUGUCGAAGGCAUGACCCCGUCCGAGCGCGCAGGGUCGGUUAGUGAGGACCAUGUGAAUCCCGAUGAAGCAGUAUACAUUUACAUGUCCAUCCAACUUUACAGCAUCGACCGCGACUUUUUUGUCGUCGACUUCAAAUGUGCAGGCUACGAACGCCUCGUCACCAAUCUUGUGCGCGAGAUCAAGGCCUCAAUUCCGCUUUCAGGCUCGCACCAGCCCCCACCGCAUCACCAGGACGGCUGGGACGACGAGCAGGGAGUAUGGCGCCGACUGGACGAAAACGAGCCACUUCCCGAAGACUUGGCCAAGAAGCUGAAUGAAGGGGGCACAGAGAUUCUUCGAGAAAGAACGGAACUUGUGGGUGCGGGGCGCCAGGAAGGCGAGAAGAUUGUCACAAGUCCGUUUCCCUUUCUCGAUGUUGCAAGCACUCUUAUCUUGCAAUUGAGCGGCGAGUAA